CGGACCAUCCAGGGGGUGUUUAACUCCCGACACACACACACACACACACACUCCGCUGUCAUAUCGAACUGCUCCAGGCAGCAUCAUGUCCUGUUUCUGCGCCCCGAAGCCGUGAAUAUGCCGGGUGGCAAUUCCAGAUGUGGGGGGAACUGCUUUCAAGGGAGCAGUCGGUGUCACACACCGAGAAGCGAGCGGCCGCAGUAGACCUGUUCUGGUCUGACAGCUGCUGGUAGCAGACAGAGGACCAGCCAGACCCAUGUCCAGGCUGUGAACUCCUUGGACACAAUGUCUCUCCUGCUCAUGUCCUUCCUUCUUUUCCUGCUGGGAGUCGUCCUGCUGUUUGUCAUUUUCAGAUGGAUCAUUUGCACCGUGGCUGUGCGAGCCUUUCAGUCUUUACUGGACGCAGAGCUCAAGAUCAAAUCAGUGGGGCUGUUUUCUCUCCAGGGAAUCAGUGUCCAGUUUCAGCCCCAGCAUACUCUGGAAAUUGACAAAAUAUGGAUUUCAAGUAAACUUGUGAACCAGGAUUUACCGAGAUAUUUGGCCUUGUGCGUCGGUGAAACCAGAGUUAGGUUGGACUUACAAGUGCCAGUGAAACCUCUGGUUAAGAGGAGUCAUGGGAAAAAGUCAGAGAAGACCUCACUCAGCCCCAACACACUACGCUUUGUGUCACAACUGCUGUCCAUCCAUGUCAGCUCCAUCAACGUGAUGGUGCUGAACCUCUCAGUGACCGAGUCUUUAUGGCACAUGACUCUCACAGGCAUCACCCUGUUACUCGACCAUCAGAGCCAAAGGCUGGCGUGGGACUUUUCUGUGGGACAGCUAAGCAGUAAAGUGCUGAAAAGCAGCGAGUUGGACAUAUGUUUGGCCGAAGUGGCCCUGAGCCUGCUGCUGUCGGGAGACGUGAGCCUGCCACAGAUGAAGCCGGGCUGCUUGUCCCUGAGUGUGAGGACGCUGACAGCCGAGCUGCAUGAAGGACUGUUCCUCAGCCACUUUCUGCUGCCAAACAUCUCCCACAAAGAGCAAGAACGUGAGGCACUUGAUUGUGGGAAGGGCGAGUUCCUUCAGACUGAAGCUCUGGAACGGUUCCACCAGCUAAUUCCGCACAAGGUCAAUGUGGAAUUUGAUAAUACAAAUGUAACUCUGUCCAUGCACAGCCAGAAACGACACUUGAACUGGACCCUGAAGUCUUUGAAGGUCUGCUAUGGACGCGACGACGAGCAGCUUCCCCUGAAGAGCUUCACUCCGGAGCUGAGCUUUCCUCAGAGCAGCCUGGAGCUCCUUCUCGAGGAUGGACUUCUCCUUUCGCAAAGCAGACAGAGAAUCCUGUGUGUGAACAGCCUGAAGACGGCCCUGCAGGUCACAUCGAUUGACAUUUCGGGGUCGUUUACUGUCAACACUUGCAUCAUUCAUUACCGUCAUCAGGAGUUUUCUCAUUGGCUCAAUCUGUUUCCAUGGGAACAGCUACUUCACAGGAAAGAGGCACACAGAAAAAGUCCAUUAGAUUAUUUGCCCACCCUCCUCUUCCUCAGACGCCUCCCCCAUCUGGACGCUCCCGUUAUGAUCACCUCCUCCGUCUCCAACGUCAACGUGUCUGUUCAGCUGGGAGACACCACGCCUUUCGCCCUCGGCUUCCUCUCCGCUAAUGCAGAGCUGCAGCAUCUUCUGGACAUCAGACUUGGGAAGGAGAGCUCGGAGUCCCAGAACGUGCACCAGCGUGCCUCGCUGACCCUGGACCACUUCUGGUGGAGAGUGGGUCAGGGCUCUCACAUCCAGCAGGCGCCCCACCCUCCCGGUAAACAUGUGUGGGGAGAAGCUCUCAUCCUGGACUCCCUCAGUCUCCAGGGGAGCUUUAACCGCCCCCACGGGGAGCCGAGCAGCCAGGCUCCCAGUCUGAGUGUGGAGUCCAGCCUGAAGGGGCUCCAGGUGGAGCUUUCAGAGACCUGCGCUCUGUGUCUGUCCCGCCUGCUGUCCCUGCUGCGCCUGGCUCCGGACGCAGAGCCGCCUCCGCCGACGCUCGAGGCCGCGGUGUCGCCCUCUAGUGACGGCGGCUCGCCGCCCGGCCUCUCCUCGCCACUGCUGUUCAAACUGGACUGCCGCCUGGAGGAUGUCAACGUCUUCACGCUUUCGAACGUGGCAGGGGCUGUUUCUUUAAGGAUGGACACGGUGGGAGUGCUGAGCUCUGCUGAGAGCUCACGGUUGUCCCUGCAGGGCGUGAGCUUGUCUGUGGUGAAGACGGUCACAGAGAACAUGGAGUCCUGUUGCCCCGCCGCCCAAACCCUCAGCCCUGUAAUCAGACUGGCCACAAUCACGCUGUGGUACCACAUCACCACACACACUCUGCAGGUUCAGUGUGAAGAGGAGCUGACGGUUGAAUGGACGCCGCCGGACCACAUGGUCUUAUAUCAGCACAUGACCGAAGCCAGAGUUUGCUGGUUCAUGCUUCGCGGGAAGGAAGAUGGCGACGGGCCGACCGGCCCCGCGGACGAGGAGCCCGCCCCCCCUCAGAGCAGAGCGCUGUGCGUGCGCGUCGAGCUCGGCCGCACGCGCCUCACGGCCCACGUCAGCGAGCAGAACUACAUCCUGCUGCACACGGACGCCCUCUCGGCCUCCAGGCACGUGGGCUCCGUGCACGUGCGCUCGCCCCUGCUCGUCUUCAACUUCGACGGCAACAACAUCGUGUCCUUCAGCCACCUGGACGUGGAGAUGCACGACGAGCUGACUGAGAUGCAGCUGCACAGGGACGCCUUCCCCUUCCUCGCCACGCCUCACAACCGGGUGUGGGUCUUGACCUGCCCGUCCCUGGCGGUGGAGUUUCCCUACCAGUACAACUUCUCAAAGACCUUCGACAAGGCCAUCAGCGUGCAGAAGUGGCUGAAGACCCUCCACCGCUCCUCGGGCCGGCCGCCCGCCGCGCAGCGCCUGCCCCCCGACCUCGUCUUCAAAGUCAGCCAGUUCUCCUUCGUCUUCCUGGACGACGUCUUCGAGAUCAAGCUGCGGGACAACUACGAGCUGAUGAAGGACGAGAGCAAAGAGAGCGCCAAGCGUCUGCAGCUUCUGGACAAGAAGGUGGCCGACCUGCGUAAGCAGCACGGCGAGCUGCUGCCCGCCCGCAAGAUCGAGGAGCUGUACAGUUCUCUGGAGAAGAAGCACAUCGAGAUCUACAUCCAGCGCUCCCGCCGCCUCUACGCCAACACGCCCAUGAGGAAGUCCCUGCUGACCUGGACCGUGACGGACCUGGAGCUCGUGGCGCUGGCCGACCGGGAGCUCCAUGGGCCGGAGAAGGUGAGGGAGCAGCUGAGGGACAUUGACGGAAUCAGCCCCUUCCCUCGAGACGGCCUGUCCCUGGUGGUCCAGUGGUGCCGAGCCGUCAGGUUCAAGCUGACUUCGUUUCUGGUGAGGAUCCGAGACUACCCUCGCUACCUGUUUGAGAUCCGAGACUGGCAGCUGUCGGGGCGUCUGAUUGGAACCGAGCAGGACGGACAGGCGAGAGCUCAUCGGAAAGAGACCGUCCCGCUCGGCGCGCCGUGGGGAGAUGUGACGGUCCACAGGAAUAUGCCGCCACUCAAGUUUUACUAUGAUUUCAAAUCCAACAUUUCCCAGUACACCAUCGUGUGGGGGCCGUGCUGGGACCCGGCCUGGACUCUGAUCGGGCAGUCUGUCGACCUGCUGACCAAACCCACGGUUGAUCCCUCGCCUCCGCUGGCUUGGUGGGAUAAGAGUCGUCUCCUCAUGCACGGGCGCUGGGUCAUGGACAUUGAACAGGCCAAUCUUCAUCAGCUCGCUACUGAGGACCCUUAUAACACAACAGAAAACAUGCACUGGGAGUGGAGUAAGCUGAACUUUGACUGGAAUCCAGGCCAGUUUGUUUUUAAAGGGGACUUGGAUGUAAACGUCCGGACAGCGUCAAAGUAUGAUGAUAUCUGUUUCCUACACCUCCCCAACCUGUGCAUGACCCUUGACCUCCAGUGGCUCUGCCAUGGCAACCCACACGACCACCACGCUGUGAUGCUCUGCUGUGCGGAGAACAUCGCAGACGUGACCUCAGGACAGCCUCACGACUCCUACAGGGCCUUCCGCUCCGAGAACCUCAACCUCUCCAUCACCAUGGACCUCAACCAGCACUGUGGCACCGAGCCCUGUCAGCCCACAAUCCUGCUGUACAGCAGCACGCUGCGCUGGAUGCAGAACUUCUGGGCCACCUGGACCGGCGUGUCUCGGCCCAUCUGCAGAGGGAAGCUCUUCCACAGCCUCAGGCCGGUCCGCAAGAAGCUCGGUCAGCACUACAAACAGAUGUCCUACACCGCUGCCUUCCCACAACUACAAGUGCAUUACUGGGCGUCCUUCGCUCAGCAGAGAGGGAUUCAGGUGGAGUGUAACAAAGGCCACGUGUUCACUCGAGGAGCGCAGAGGCUCAUUCCACAGGCCGGCACUGUGAUGAGGAGGCUGAUCUCGGAGUGGAACGUGACUCAGAUGGUCAGUGAGCUCUCUCAGGUGACCGUUCAUCUGAUGGCGUCCACGUGGGACGAGACGGCCGACCACCAGAUCAACGCCCAGGUGAAGAAGACUCACCUGCUCAGCCUGUCGUCCCUCAGCUACCAGCGGCAGAGCAACCGCGUGGAGGAGGAGGUGAGCCCAAAAGAUGAAACCAAUGCUUCUUACACUCACAAACUGCGGCUGGUGGACCUGCGGGCUUCCUGGACCACCACCAACAGGAACAUCGCCUUUGGGCUGUACGACGGCUACAAGAAGGCGUCUGUACUGAAGAGAAAUCUGUCCACCGAAGCGCUGAAAGGCCUGAGGAUCGACACUCAGCUGCAGACCAAGAAGCUCAAGCGCUCUCCUUCCAACUACUCUCCCACCACGGCGCCCGCCACGCCCGUCGCCCCCACCGCCAGCCGAGCAGAGAAGAGCCAGAAUGAAGGAACAUCAAUGCUGCAGAAGCUGAUUGAGGAAACAGACAAGUUUGUGGUGUUUUCGGAGGAGGAGUCGGGUGUGAGCGACCAGCUGUGCGGCAUCGCAGCCUGUCAGACGGACGACGUUUACAACCGCAACUGGUUUAUCGAGCUGGUUAACUGUCAGAUGAUGCUGCGCGGCACCGAGACGGCCGGCUGCGUCCUCGUGUCUGCUGCCAAGGCGCAGCUGCUGCAGUGCGAACACCACCCCUCCUGGUACAACGACACCCUGAAGCAGAAGACCUCCUGGACCUGCCUGCUGGACGGCAUGCAGUACUUCGCCACCAUGGAGCCCAACCCGUCGGAGCAGGAGGACCGGCAGCUGUGGCUGGAGGUGAAAAACAUCGAGGAGCACAGGCAGCGCCACCUGGACUCGGUGCUGGAGCUGAUGGAGAGCGGCCAGGCGGUGGGGGGGAUGGUCAGCACCACCACAGACUGGAACCAGCCCGCUCAGGUGAACGAGGCUCAGCAGGUGCAGCGUAUCAUCUCGCGCUGCAGCUGCCGGAUGCACUACAUCAGCUACAGCCACGACAUCAACCCGGAGCUGGCCACGCAGAUCAAGCCUCCAGAGCUGAGGAACAGCCACGAGAAGGAGGACCUGCUGAAGAAGCAGGCCGGUGCGGUGGACACCUUCACUCUGAUCCAUCACGACCUGGAGAUCUCCACCAACCCCGUUCAGUAUGCCAUGAUCCUGGACAUCGUCAACAACCUGCUCUUACACGUGGAGCCCCGACGAAAGGAGCACAGUGAGAAAAAGCAGAGGGUGCGUUUCCAGCUGGAGAUAUCCAGUAACCCCGAGGAGCAGCGCAGCAGCAUCUUACACCUGCAGGAGGCCGUCCGACAGCACCUGACUCAGAUCAGAUACCUGGAGAAGCAGAUUUACUCCAACAUCAGGGCUCAGCCCGAGGAGCUGAGCGUGGACGAGCUGAUGGAGGUCAACAUGCGGCUGCAGAAUCAGCUGAACCAGGAGAAGAACGACAUGCAGAUGAAGAGCGAGGAGCUCAACAUCCUCAUCAGGUGUUUUAAGGAUUUCCAGCUUCAGCGAGCGAACAAGCUGGAGCUGCGUAAGCCCCCGGAGGAUGUGAGCGUGGUGAGGAGGACGGAGAUCUACUUCGCUCAGGCCCGCUGGUGUCUGACCGAGGAGGACGGGCAGCUGGGCAUCGCGGAGCUGGAGCUGCAGAGGUUCAUGUACAGUAAGCUCAACAAGUCGGACGACACAGCAGAGCAUCUUCUGGAGCUGGGGUGGUUCACGAUGAACAACCUGCUGCCCAACGCGGCGUACAAGCGUUUGAGGGUGGUGCUCCGUCCUCAGAGUAACUGCCAGUCCGGAAGGCAGUUUGCUCUGCGGCUCUUCAGCAAAGUGCGCCCCCCUGUGGGAGGAAUCUCCGUGAAGGAGCACUUUGAGGUCAACGUGGUUCCUCUCACCAUCCAGCUCAUGUACCAGUUCUUCAAGCGAAUGAUGGGAUUUUUCUUCCCUGGAAGAAAUGUUGAGGAGGAAGAGGUUACUGACGAGGAGGACAAGUUCAGGCUGGUCACCACUGGUAUCCCUGUCAAGCCUCGGCCGCUGUCAGAGGACACCAUGGGGAUGAUGGGCCCCAGCAAAGGAGUGGCCCAGGGCCUGAACCGCACCGCCGGGGUCAGGAGGUCGUUCAGGAAGGCCCCAGAGUAUCCCGUCGACGACAUCGACAAGAUGAAGGAGCGAGCGGCGAUGAACAACUCCUUCAUCUACAUCAAGAUUCCCCAAGUGCCUCUGUGUGUCAGCUAUAAGGGAGAGAAGAGCAGUGUGGACUGGAAGGACCUGAACCUGGUCCUGCCCUGUUUGGAGUACCACAACAACACCUGGACGUGGCUGGACUUCGCCAUGGCUGUGAAACGAGACAGCCGCAAAGCUCUGGUGGCUCAGAUGAUCAAGGAGAAGCUGCGUCUGAAGCCGGCGUCGGGCUCGGACCUGCGGGGGAAGGCGUCCGAGGGGAAGUCGGACAACAGCCUGCAGCAGCAGGAGGAGGACGAGAAGGCGCGGCUCCUGAUCGGCCUCAGCUCCGCAGACAAGAGCUCCAGCAAGAAGAGCAUCUUCAGCCGCCGCAAGUGAAACGGCGAGCCCCGCGCGACCCGGAGCGGCCGCCGUGACGCCAAAUCACCUCCACAUCGAACUCUGACUGGAAACGGGGGAUGGCAGGGCGGCUGCAGGACUUCCGGGUGUUCUUCACCGUCUCACACCAGCCUGCUGAACCUGCUGAACCAACUCCUGAUGUGUCUUUGGUCUCGUUUACAACUGGCACCGAGAUGUGUGGCGAGCAGCGGUCUGGGUCAAACCCGGAGAAUAAAAUCCUUGCCGUCAUGUUCAGACACGCGUCUGGAUGCCAGCUGGAAACGAGAGCCCACAUUUGAAUUCCUGCACACUACCAGGGUGCCACUUUGACCAAAACACACAUAAAUAUAUCUCUACUAACUUGUUAAUGGUGUGCCAUUUGAGGAGGGGAAUAAAGAUAUCACUCCACGUUUCACAGACGGCCUCUGAGGAAGCCCCUCCGGCUGUAUUGACUGCAGAAAGCAGGGCUGAGCAGUUUGGAGCCGGCUCCUCGCUGUGACCGUUUCCUCUGCUUCUGCUGCUUCUCCUGCUGGACCGGGAACACACUGAACAUCACACAGCGCCAUGAAACGCACCUUCAACACUGUAAGAGGACGUGUCGAAUGAAUAUUAUCACAGUAUGUUUUACGGUGGCUGCAUGAAUGCCUCUCCGACAGGAACGGCCACUCAGAAGAAUCGUCGAGUGUCUCCGUGUCGGCGUCCGUCUGCAGCGCUCGGUUUUACUGUAACCUCCGCUCGGUGCAAUAUAUCAGAGGAAAACACGUCACGCUGUAACAUGUGGCGCUUGGUUUCACGGUGUUGUGACGGAAAAGAGAAAUCUAAGUUUCAGCUAACUGCGGAGUGUAUGAAUUUUGCCACUAAAGCACUUUUUAAUGCAAAGUAUUUUCAUAUUUUUGUAACCUGCUGUUUUGUUUUGUUUUAUUUUUUUUUUUGUGAUUACUGGUAUAACUGCUGCUUCUCUCUGUCAGUGUGAGGAAUCGGUGUGUCAGCUGUGUGGCUUCUUGUCUCUCAGUGAAUAAACGUGUUGCAGUCUGUGGCGCAG